UUUUGCGGCCUCUGUUGAAGGGCACUUGUCUCAUUCAGUCUGCAAAGGGUCGUGUGAUAAAGGACCAUUAACAAUCCAUCAUGGGAGGACACGACGCCGGAACCCAGCACCAGUUCACUGGCAUUGCCAAGUACUUCAACGCAUACACGAUCACAGGAAGGAGGAAUUGCGUUUUGGCAACAUAUGCCGCUAUAGCCAGCAUCUUCCUCAUCUACAAAUUGAAGCCCAAGAAGGCUGUCACAGCAAAGUGAUAUGUCUAUUUUGACCAUCGUUUCAAACUGCUGGGAGGGGAGAAAGCAGCUGGACGUGCUUGUAAUAAAAGUAUGACUGUUUGGAUUGCUUAUGUUAAUAAAGAACACUUAUGCCCAAAACAUAGAAAA